AUGUCCGACGUGAAACGCGACGUCCGCAACUCUAUCCUCUUCGAAUGCGCAUGGGAGGUCGCCAACAAGGUUGGCGGGAUCUACACCGUCAUCAAGACCAAGGUUCCCGUCACCGUCUCUGAAUAUGGUGACAGAUACUGUCUUAUUGGACCUCUCAGCUACAAAACCGCCCCCAUGGAAGUCGAGGCCCAAGAACCCUCCGAUCCCCACAUCGCCAGCACUCUCGAGUCGAUGCGCAGUGCCGGUGUCAAAGUUCUCUACGGUCGAUGGCUCAUCGAGGGUGCUCCCCAUGUCUUGCUCUUUGACACUGGCAGCCAGUAUUCUAGGCUGGACGAAUGGAAGGGGGAUCUCUGGAACCUCGCCGGCAUCCCGACACCUCCGAACGAUCAUGAGACCAACGAGACGAUCGUCUUUGGCUAUAUAGUCGCUUGGUUCCUGGGCGAGUACGUUGCGCGACAACUGGAUACUGCUGUUGUCGCCCAUUUCCACGAAUGGCAGGCCGGCCUCGCCAUUCCCCUUUGCCGCAAACGCCAUGUCGAUAUUACUACCGUUUUCACUACGCACGCCACUCUCCUGGGUCGUUAUCUUUGUGCCGGUAGCGUCGAUUUCUACAACAACCUUCAGUACUUCGACGUUGACCACGAAGCUGGCAAGCGUGGAAUCUAUCACAGGUACUGCAUCGAACGUUCUGCAACACAUUGCGCCGACGUCUUUACGACUGUUUCUCAUAUAACGGCUUAUGAAUCGGAACAUCUCCUCAAGCGAAAGCCCGACGGCGUCCUUCCCAAUGGGCUAAACGUUGUCAAAUUUCAAGCUAUGCACGAAUUCCAAAAUUUGCACGCAACAGCUAAGGCGAAAAUCCACGAUUUUGUUCGAGGCCAUUUCUACGGGCAUUCCGAUUUCAACCUUGAUGACACUUUAUACAUGUUCACUGCUGGGCGAUAUGAAUACCGCAACAAGGGUGUGGACAUGUUCAUUGAGGCACUAGCUCGCCUCAACUACCGCUUACAGAAAUCCGGCUCGAAAACGACUGUGAUUGCCUUCAUUAUCAUGCCCGCUUCUACCCAUUCAUACACGAUCGACGCCCUGAAAGGCCAAGCGGUCACCAAACAGCUACGUGAUACAGUGACUGAGAUUCAGAACAGAAUUGGUGCUCGGCUAUUUGAACAUGCUAUACGCUCUAACGGAGAACACGGUACCCUACCCACUCCAGACGACCUUUUAUCCGAGGAAGAUAAGGUUCUUCUUAAACGACGCAUCUUCGCCCUGAAACGCAACGCGCUGCCCCCAGUGACAACACACAACAUGGCAGAUGACGUGGCUGAUCCGAUUCUGAACCAGAUUCGACGUGUUGAGCUCUUCAAUUCCGGGUCCGAUCGUGUCAAGGUUAUCUUUCACCCCGAUUUCUUGAAUUCGAACAACCCUAUACUGGGACUUGACUACGAGGAAUUUGUGCGCGGAUGCCAUCUUGGCGUCUUUCCAAGUUAUUAUGAGCCUUGGGGGUAUACACCCGCGGAGUGCACGGUGAUGGGAAUUCCGUCUGUAACUACGAAUCUCUCCGGUUUCGGGUGCUUUAUGCAAGACUUGAUCGAAAGACCACAGGAUGAGGGUUGCUAUAUCGUCGAUCGUCGUUCACAGUCCGUGGAGGAUUCCGUGAGCCAGCUUACUGACCACAUGUUCGCUUUCGCGCAAAAGACAAGACGGCAACGCAUCAAUCAGCGAAACCGAGUGGAGCGAUUGAGCCCAUUGCUGGAUUGGAAGAACUUGGGGAUUGAAUACUCGAAGGCUAGGCAAUUGGCAUUGAGGAGGGCAUAUCCUGAUGCGUUCUACGGGGUGGGAGGGGAGGGAGAAGAGGAGGAAUUCGAUUUUGGCAUGGAGCGAAUGAUGCCCAACUCGGUUCCAGCUAGUCCGCGCUUUAGAAUGUCCGGGAUCGCAACGCCUGGAGACAUUGGGACGCUCACCGAAGAGAUGCAAGCACUGGGUACAAGUGACUAUCGUGGACACCAGUGGCCGACACAAGCGGAUGACGAAGACGAGGGAUAUCCAUUUCCCCUCGUAAUGAAGGUCCGGUCGCGCGCAAGUUCGGUCAUGUCUGGGGCGAGCACGCCUGGCGGCGGCAAGUCGAACAGUCUGAGUGAAGGUGAUUUACGCAAGGCAGAUGCUGCAUUGAGUCAUGUUGGCGAGAUUGUGAAUGGUCUUAAUGGUAGACACUGA